GAGCACCCCCCCCCAAAAAAAAAAGUGCACUUGCUAGCACCCGUUACCCAUACCGUCCCCCUCGAACUGGAUAUGAGGCCGGCCACGACCCGACCGACCCGACGUGCGACCCGCCGAUAUCACAGUGCACAUUACGUAACUAGUGCUUUGCUAGUACGUAAUAAUCGCAAUCUCACGUGCGCUGAAACCAGUCCUACUCCCACUGCGAACUGAUCUUCACACGUUUUACGAUAACUGACUUAAAAACGUCGAUCCAGAUCGAUCCUUAUAUAUCACUACAAUGAGCAAGACCAAGGCGAAGGUGGGCAAUUGGAGGGAAAGGAAGCUUCUGGUAACCAGGAAGACCUAUGUUGUUGGCAAGAAUGAAAAUGUGGAUGUUGUUCCGCUUAAGGAAUUCUUUAGAGCCACGGAAGAGCAUAAUGAAAAUAAAGAACUUGGUGAAACCUCUGCAGUCAUUGAUGAAGUUGUACAUGACAGCAGUAGGAGAGAUGAAGAUGUAAUGCUGGUAGAGGAGAGUCACCCUUUGAAUCUUCAUGAACAGAGGAAGGAGAAGGCCAGGAACGAAUGGAUAGAAGUGCAACCAGUGAUGACUUUGGCAUAUAUAGCAGGUCAAGCUUCUUUCAUGGACAUGGAAUGUGCCCUUUGUACACAGGAGGCCACCUUGACCUGCCUGGACUGUGGACCUUUUGCUUUCUUCUGUGAGGAAUGCUCUAAAAAGCUACACAGUACUCUCUUGCAUAAGCCUAUGGCUAGGAAGGGUCAACUAGUAGAGGAUGAUCAAACAAGAAUUCUUAGACAGAGUCAUACCUGUCAGACUUCUUAUGGAAAGACCCUUGAAGUCUUUGAUUCUAAAGGAAGGCUUCAUAAUGUGUUGUGCACAUUUUGUAAAUGUGAACCAGAGGCAGCCACCCUGGUUCGUUAUUCCCUGUGGCCCACUCAACUGAAUCCAAGAAAGGCUGUUUCUAUGGAGCUAAUGACAUUCAUCCACUACAUGCAGGUUGAAGCGCAUGUGUCAUUGAAGGCGGCAUGUCAAGUUAUAGGCUUUCAAAACAGAUUAUCAGAGAGAGAGGUCAAUGCGCUGUACUCAGAGCUGAUCCAAUACAGUUUCAGCCAUUUUCAGGCUUUCUAUACCAAUGUCGAUGCCAAAAUUGUCCCUGAAUAUGAAUGUAAUCAUUCCUGCCCUGCUUGCCCAAAGGUCACUGGUCAAGUGAUUGUUUGUAUUGACGGAUGCUUUGGUUUGGUGAGGAGGAAGAAAGCAGGAUCUAGUGCAGGUGGAACCACUCAUCAAACGACAUUUUUUGUAGAGGAUGACUAUGUUAAGACCUUUGUGGAUGGGUACAGGAUAGAACAUGGUCAAGCAUCAAAGAACUGUAGCCAGUUUAAGGCAGGAACUCUGCUUAGAACCAAGAAAAAGGCAGAUGCGUUGGAUGUCAAGGGAGUGUUUGGGGCUGUUUGCCGGCAUGGCUUCCCUCUGGCCAUGCUUAAUAUGUUCCAGGGAGAGAGCCUGGCAUAUUCAGUUUGCAUGAUAGAGCAUUUAAAGGCAACUCUACCAGAAGGGAUAACAAUGCAUGUGGCUUACGACAUAGCUUGUCAGCUUACUGCACAUCUCAAGAAAACUGGGCAAGCGAAACUGCUAGAGGAGAUCAAACUUGUUCUACCAGCAUUUCAUGCAUAUGGUCACAAGGCAUCCUGUCAGAGGGAAUUCAAUGUCCGAAAUACAAAAGACAUGGGCCUUACAGAUGGUGAAGCAACAGAAAGACUCUGGGCAUAUUUGAGACGAUUCUCGGCAAUCACUAAAGAGAUGACUCCAAUAGGAAGACAAGACAAGUUGACAAGUGCCCUGCUGCACUUUGCUUAUCGAAAGCAAAGGCAAAUGGCUACAGGUCUCUGCACAGUAUUGAAGAGGGCAAAGGAAACUCAUGAGAAGUGUCAAAAGGAGUUCCUGGAUCUCAGCAUUGAGUAUGGUAUCACUGAGAAUGAUGUUGAGCAAUGGCUAGAGACCAGAGUAGCUGAGGAAAGACAGACACGCAACAUAAGCAACACUGAUCACAAAAAGUGGCAGCAUGGCUAUUGUGAGAAAGUUGCCCAUUAUGAGGAUACAAGGUGUGAUAUGGCGAAUGCCAAAACAGAUGAGGCUGCCCGAGACUUGAGGCAAGAACUAGCAAGAAUUGACUCUCGGCUCUUGAAAAUGGAGAGGAAACAUGGUGUCCCAAAGCGAUGGACGACCAGUGAUUCAAUCUAUGUAGAGUUCAUCACAGAGGUCCAUGAUGAAGAAAGAAAGAGACUGCUAAUUGAGACAAGACGCCAGGCCAUGGACAAGAUAUACCUCGGAGAACUGAUGAGGAAAUAUGGUCGUGGACAAGCAAUUGCCAAUAGGCUCAAACGACAAAGUUGGAAGGUGAAUACCCAGAUGAAAGAGAAACUGAAAAAAUACAACCAGAAGUGGAAUAAGCGAGGCUUCUUCUUGUCAUUUGAGCAGGUAGCCCAACCAGACGAUGCUAUUUAUAAUCAGCACCUGCUUCCUGCCUGUGAGAAACCGGGAAUUCCAACAGUCAUGUUUGAGAGAGCGGAUUCUUUGCUAAAAAGAAUACAGCGGAGCUAUGAGGAGGUCAACAUGACAAAGCUGGAGAUGAAGCAAAUGAUCAUGUGGCAAGAGCAGCAAGAACAGCUCCUCCUAGACAGGAUUGGAAACUUGUGUCUGACAGAUAAAUAUGACAUGGGUCUGUCAAUAAUCUUGUGGGGCAAGGUGAAGGAACUUAGACAAAGGACAUCUUCUUGCCGAGCACUGUUCAGUGAUUAUCUGUAACCCAUUUUUUUUUUAAUAGAAUGAGGAAAACUCUUCCUUUAUAUAUUUUUCUUAAACUGCUUAAUAACAUGAUCUUGUCGUAUCUUGACUAUUGAAAUAUAGUAUGGGAGAUUGUGCAAAGUCAUCACUCACUCACUAUUUCUUUUGUAUUGUAUUUUCUAAUUAUUUUAAUUUCCUCCUCGGUGUCCUAUCAAACAA